GCUGAGCAUCAACCGUCGCUUUUACUUGAGAAUGGCGGCUGCUGCGUGCAGUACGCAGAGCACACUGAAUCCAUGCACUGGCAAACUGCACAGAGAGCAUCUGCGGAAAAAUAAAGAUUCGCGAAGGAGACAGGCUGCGCUUUUAUUUCUCACCAAUAUAUCACUGGACGGACGGCCUGUGCGGAAUAAUGUCAUUGCAACGGCCCCCAGUGAUGCCGAGUUUCAGUGCGCUGAUAUCGCCACGGCUGUCAACGAACUGUCCGCUGCGGCAAGUAGCGACGGGACCUUCUCCAGCCUCCCUGUGCCCAGACUCGGGCUGCUCGGUGUCCCGCCCAUCCUGGUGCUGCCGUCUGACUCUGGGUUCAGUAACGCGGGGAGCUCCGAGAUGUUCUUGGAGAGGACGAGAGGCUCGUUCUCCUCUCAGAGUAACCUGCUGUCCCCGUGCAGUCUGCAGCCCACUCCGCUCGGACCGCGGAAGUCUCCAACGCUGCUGUCGGUGCAGAGCUGCGGCUCCUCGCUGGACUCCCGACCGCGGAGCCGGAAUGCGUCUGGUUCUCCUCGUCCACGCUCUAUGAAGAAAAUCCACUUCAUCAAGAACAUGAGGCAGUAUGACACCAGGGGCAGCAGGAUCGUGUUGAUAUGCGCCAAAAGGUCUUUGUGUGCUGCCUUCUCUGUGCUGCCAUAUGGAGAGAGCUUCCACAUCAGUGACCCACUUCUGGAUGCUCAGCGGAGGAGACACUCGUCGGGAGGGAUCUCCACCACUCUAGAGAUGCUUCCCGGGCUGGAGGGUGUGGAGCUGGGCCUGUACGGCAGGACAGUGUCGUACGCUCAGUUCCUGUACCCAACUAAUGCUCUGGAUCGUCACAAACCCUCGGUGGAUCUGACUCUACCCCUGCCCUUUUCCAGAAACAGCAUCCCUCGCAGUUAUCCGUCCUCUCGCCUCAACAGCACCGUCGGACUGGACCUGGGUCUUGAAGACUCUGAUUAUGACCCUAAUAUGCUCAGUGACCCCCAGUGGCCAUGUGGAAAACAUAAAAGAGUGCUCAUCUUUGCCUCAUACAUGACGACAGUAAUAGAGUACGUCAAACCAUCAGAUCUGAAGAAAGACAUGAAUGAAACUUUUAAGGAAAAAUUUCCCCACAUCAAGCUCACGCUGAGCAAAAUCAGAAGUUUGAAGAGAGAAAUCCGUUUGGUGGGAGAGGAGUCCUGUCUGCAGCCGGUCACCAUAGCCAUGGCGUUUGUGUACUUUGAGAAGCUGGUCCUGCAGGGACGUCUGAACAAGCAGAACAGGAAGCUGGUGGCGGCCGCGUGCCUGCUGCUCGCUGCCAAGAUCAGCAGCGACCUGAAAAAACAAGAGGUCAAACAGCUGAUCGACAAACUGGAGGAGAGAUUUCGGAUCAGCCGUCGGGAACUGAUUGCUUUUGAGUUCACCAUUUUGGUCGCGCUGGAAAUGGCACUUUAUCUUCCGGAGAGUAAAGUCAUGCCUCACUACCGCCAACUGGUACAGCAGACCUGAGAUCUGUGUGGAGGAUUUAAGUAUUAACAUCAGACCAGAUGUGGAAAGCAGCCUGAAGCACGGGACUUUGCGUUCCCGCCAUUGCAGUUUCAGGUAUCAGAGCGAAUGCACAUCGACACGCAGCUUUAAGGAAGAUCCAACACACCAAAUGAUGCUUGUUAUAGAAAUGGACCCAGCGGCAUUCGUUUUCAUGGCUGCCUGUUUUUAUUGUGACCACCAUGGGAAUAGUGCUGAGGAAAAACAGCAUGGAUCUUCUUUUAUUAAAACCAGAGGGUGUUUAACUCUCAAGCGACAAGGGAAAAGUUGAACUCCUGCUACUUCACAUGCAUGCGUUGAACAUUCCGUGUCUAUUUACCAAAAAUAACUUUUUUUUUAUUUAAUGUAGACCUCUACUUUUGUACAGAACAACCUACCAUUCACUGUAACACUAAAGCACUUUGAUUGAAACUAUACAUGUUUUGUAUCUAAA